AUGGGCAACACUACGAUUGACGCCUUUCGACAUUUCCUCAUCUUUGGCACGCUGAUCUGGAAUUCUCGACACGCUUUGGGUUGCAAUGACGGCCUCCACAAACGAUCUCAGCCUUCUGCUACUCCACCUCCCGGGGCUCCCAACCGCCAACUAGAAUGGGGAGAUCUUAAUAUUCUUCAUACAACCGAUUCCCAUGGCUGGUUAAUUGGUCAUCUAAAAUCCGAACAACCUGAACCCAACUACAGUGGUGAUUUUGGCGACUUCCACUCCUUUGUUCGCAGCAUGAAAGAGAAAGCGACUCAGAAGGGGGUUGAUCUAUUAGUUGUUGAUUCGGGUGACUUGCAUGAUGGCAAUGGCCUGUGUGACGCCGAACCGUAUGUCCAUCCUGGCACUCCUCGCGGCACCACCUCAACCAAAAUUUUCACUCGUGUCCCUUAUGACAUCUUGGCUAUCGGUAAUCAUGAGCUCUACGAUCCAGCGAUAGCUCAGAACAUGCACGAUGAUUUCGCCCCUUCCUGGAAUGGCUCUUAUCUAACAUCGAACGUCAACAUCACCACCUCCGGUACCUCGGUUCCCUUAGGCUCGCGAUAUCGUAAAUUGGUCACUGAACAUGGCCGGAGAGUCACUGCUUUUGGCAUCCUCUUCCACUUCACCGGGAAUGCGCAUGGAACAACAGUCCAACCACCUUCGGAGAUGAUUUUAGAGCCUUGGUUCAAAGAGGCCAUCCAGGAUAAGCCUGAUCUCUUUCUUCUGGCCGGACACAUGGGAAUUCGUGACUCGGAUUGGAAGCGCGUUUUCAAAACUAUUCGAGCCAUUCAUCCAGAAGUGCCAAUAAUCAUUCUGGGAGGUCACUAUCAUAUCCGUGAUUGCCAACAAUUGGAUGAUCGAUCCAUGUCUCUAGCUAGUGGUAGAUACAUGGAGACCCUUGGAUGGAUGAGCUUGAGUGGUCUGGACAAACCCGCAGAAAAGCCCAACUUUUCUCGGCGCUACCUUGAUGCCAAUCGGCUCACUUAUCAAUUCCAUGCUGGAGACCAAUUCGACACGAUUGAGGGGGUCCAGACCACAGAGAGAUUAACCAAAGCUGCUCAGGAAUUCGACAUUGAUCGCAAGUUUGGUGUUGCUCCCCAUUCGUAUUAUGGUUAUCGAGUCCCCCCCACUUCAGACGAGUCCCUCGGUUAUCUAUUUACUGGCCCGGAGGGAGUCUUGCAGACAGUGGUGAAGGACCCAGGACGGAAAAAUCCUAUGCUAGCUUUUGUUCACAGCACGUCCCUUCGAGCCGAUCUCUAUGCCGGCAACUUCACUGUCAACGACCAAUUCAUCACCAUGCCCUUCAACAACUCCUUCCAAUACUUCCCUGAUGUGCCUCGAGUGACGGCAGACAAAGUUCUAGGAGUCUUGAAUGGAAAGAGCCCAGCGCAAGACGAUGCCCAGUCGAGUCAGAUGAAGCGACAUCUGGAGACCAAGGAAGGCCUCCCGAGGGAUGAGAGUUUCCAUCUAGGCCACGACGUUGAUCAGCAUUACCUUGACUGGAUCCGACUGCAAUCCGAAGACCACCAUCACGAGCUUUCAGCUCGCUCAACCAAUCAGACACCCUCAGCCUCCUACGGCUACGUCACUAAAGACGAAUGUCCCGACGAUGGCGACGAUGUCAUUCACACCCCUGUUCCAUUCGUCCGUCAGACCCCAUACGUGGCCACUACUAUUCCUGACGACUCUGCUGAUCUGAUCGAUGUUGUAUUCGAUAGCUUCAUAGCAAAGUUCCUCUUAGUGGCCAUCAACAAAGCCCGGGCCAUGAAUGCCACAUCUACGGAUGGGCGGACCGAAAAUUACACGAGGGAUGAUAUCAAAGAAUACAAUCCUGUGAAAUCCAAUGAAAUUCUCGGCAUCUAUGCCCAGUCCAAAUGGAAUAAUUAG